AUGGCGGAGAAGAGCAUUUCAGCCGAUGUUCAUAUAGAACAUGUCCAUAAGAGGCAGUUCAAGCAUUACAAUAUCAUGGUGAUAGCAGCCAUGUGCUUUGCAUCGAUGGGCAUGGGCUACAGCGCCAGUAUCAUUGGAACCACCUUAGCACAACCUUCUUUCCUUGCAUACUUCCACCUUGAUACUCGAAAGGAUGCGCUUUCUUUGAUAUCCACCAUGAACGGAUUGUUCCAAGCGGGCGCGUUUUUCGGCUCGCUUGGUAUCAACGUUGUCGGCGACAGAUUUGGCAGAAAGAUGUCCAUCAUCAUCCCAUCUCUUCUAGUCCUGGUAUCUGGAGCUUGUCUAGCCGGAUCCGUCAAUGUCGGCAUGUUUAUCGCCUUCCGAUUCUUCUCUGGAAUGGGCUCUUGGUGGCUCCUAGGAUCGGUUCCAGUCUGGAUGUCCGAGGUGGCUCCGCCCAAAAACCGAGGCGUGCUUGUAGACUGCCACAGUGCUGCAUUGCUUUUUGGCUAUUGUGCAGCAUCCUGGAUCGGAGCAGGGUUCUACUUCUAUCACCCUGUUGCGAACAAUCAGUGGCGGGCUCCGCUCGGAUUCCAAUGCUUGCCGGUAUUCAUUGUGCUCUGCUUCAUGCAUUGGCUUCCGGAGUCUCCCCGAUGGCUGCUUCAGAAUGAUCGGACCGAAGAAGCUGAACGUAUACUUCUCAAGCUCCACGACCCCGACGAGGCUGCACUCGAGCUACAGCAGAUCAGAAACCAGAUUGCAGUAGACAAUACUCUCGAAAACAGCUGGAUGUCUCUAGUGACGAAGCGGUCAUAUAGGAAACGCACCUUUAUUACGCUUGGCCUUAGCGUUGGGAUUCAGAUGACCGGGGUUCUGGUGAUCAAUAAUUAUGGCCCGACCAUUUAUGCAAGUCUAGGUUUAAGCACAAGCCAACAACUUUUGUACCAAGGUGGUUUCAAUACACUUGGUUUUGGCUGUGGAAUUUUGGCCCUCCUAGUGGUCGAUAGAUUUUCCAGACCCACGCUCAUUGCCGGAGGUACCGCCAUUGUUCUUGCAACCUUGGUCGCAGAAGCCGCUCUGGUAGCUUCGUACCCGCCAGUUCCUGGCCAGAGCCAAGCUGGCCUCAAGGGCGCUCUGGCGAUGAUUUAUCUCUAUAUCGUUUUCGCAGAAUUUCUCCUUGAUGGCACCCAAUACAUCUACUUCAGUGAGGUGUGGCCCAACCACCUUCGUGCCAAGGGAAUGACAAUUGCGAUGGCAACAAUCGCAUUAGUGAACAUAAUGUGGCUCCAAGUGGCUCCUACUGCUUUCGCAAAUAUCGGCUGGAAAUUCUACUUGUGCUUCAUCAUUCCUGGAUAUAUAUUUGCAGUAUGUGCAUGGAUCUUCUUCCCUGAUACUAGACACCUAGCUCUUGAGGAAAUUGCCGCGAUCUUUGGCGAUGCGGAUGAGAUCUAUCAUGUACAGGACGUCACCAAGCUCUCGCUUGAGAUGAAUGGGAAGUCGGAGCACCAAGAUGAUGUGUAAGGCGUGAGAAUAGGAGAUGAAUGGAAUCGGCCAAGCCAAAUGGGCUC